UUAAAUACAAAAAUUUCGUCAAUUUGGCUCGACGAAUAACAUUCUUCCUGAAUCGCGCCAUUUCCCACCACUCAUACUGGCCCAUCAGCUCACUAUGACUGACUCGCCUGAAAUCAUAGACCCUAUUCAACAAGCUCCUCCAAUUGGGACUGUCAAUUCUCUUGACAGCUCGUCCUCCACUAUCAACAUUUCCUCUACUUCAAGCAAACCUACUACUCAACCCCCACCACCCGAGACUUUCAUCCAGAAGCACAAGAGUUGGCUACUAUGGUGGAACUUGGAAGAGUGGUGGGCAUGCUGGAUUGGCAUAAUCUUUUUCGGUAUCGUUUGUGGUUGCGUUAAGCAUAAUAUCCCCCAACCAGAAUUUUUACCUUGGCGUACCAACCCGUUUGAUACAUUUGCAACACCUGGCAAUUAUGGAUUACUUGUUCUGUUUCCUGCCAUGGGCCUACUAGUCUGGUUCGCUUUGACAAGUAUCCAAGCACCGAGUUGGUCCAAAUUCCCUAUCGGUUACAUACUCGUCUUCUUCAUUGCCCUCAUUAGCAAAAUGUUAGCAAGCAAUGUCACAAUUAAAAGCGCCAGCCUGGGAGACUCCAUUUGGGCGAUUAUCUUUGGAGCCGUGCUUAGAAACUUAUUUUCCAUUCGUCAAAAUUAUCGAGAUCGCUUACCACCCUGGCUUAAGGUUGCUCAGCAAACCGAAUUGUAUAUUGCCAUUUCCUUGGUCCUGCUAUGCAUUGAUAUAACCAUUCUACGACCACUUGCUCCUAGAGCUCUUUUUGUCAGCUGGAUUGAUACUCCUACGCUGUUCAUGGUCCUUGCAUUUUUCGGAUACAAGAUAUUGAAAAUCGAUUUACAAACCUCCAUCAUUAUGUCGGGUGCCACUUUUAUUUGUGGUUCUUCGGCUGCCAUCGCACUAGGAGCUGCCAUUGGUGCUCCCUCCAAAACUGAAAUGCCCAUUGCCAUUAUUUCCGUUUUCACCAUUCCAAGUAUCAUUGCCCUGCCUUAUGUUGCAAAGUCGCUUUACCUGUCACCCGAAGUGAGCGGAGCUUGGUUCGGUGGAUGCGUCGAUUCAACCGGCGCUGUCAUUGCUGCCGCUAGCAUUUACGGUGAUAAGACCGCCAUCAACACUUCGGCCGUGGUCAAGAUGAUGCAGAACGUCUUGAUUGGCCCACUCUCCGUGGUUAUGACCUGGGCUUGGGCACGACAUGAACUCAAGGCUACCAAACAAGAAGCGGAGGAUUUGGAAACCAUGUUAGAUGCAGAAGCGGAAACCAGCUCCAACUCUAUGCCUUUAGAAGAAUUGGAGCGGAAACAAACGAACCAGCAACGCCGCCAAGUCGCGUUACAAAAGGUCAAGAAACAGCAAACAAAACCACUGGUUGUCCUCUGGAACCGAUUUCCAAAGUUUGUCAUUGGUUUCGUUAUCACGGCGAUUUUAUUCAACACUGUGGUUUCCAGUGACGAGGAUACCCGUACCAACGUCAAUAACUUUUGCUUUUACAUCUCGGAAUGGUUCUCAACGCUAUCGUUCGUUAGUAUUGGUUUAGCGCUUCAGUUCAAUGAAUUGAAGCGAAAUAUCCGACAUUUAGGCUUACUUUGUACAUUAUACGUGGUUGCUCAGAUGAUAGAUAUAGUAGUGACAGGCUUACUUGCCUGGAUUGCUUUUACUUACAUGUAAAUAAACGUGAUUCCCAGUAUCUACCCUUUGGUUGCAC